AUGGAUUCUUUCAAAUCGGAUGUGCACCGAGAAGCUUCUCGGCUCAUGAACCAGGACAGUGAUGGCAAUGAUGAGACACCGCCUGCGAAACCAAAACCUGCAGAGUUAGUGAGUCAAAGGCCGCCUGAAAAAUGUGCCACCGCAGUUUCAGAAACAGAAGCAGCUUUGCUCCGAGCCCCAACUCGUACUUUGGGCGAUGAGAGUCCUGAGCCUGAGUCAGUUGAUGCAGCAGCUGGAGUUCCUUGUGCAGGGAACAGUCAGAGUGAGCCUUUGCCAAGUGCGGAGAAAGCUGUGACUGUCGAUUCGCCUGAGCCAGCGCCGCUCAGCACUGAAGUUUCCCAGGAAAACGCAAAGCGUGUUGCGAUGGAACCCCAGGACACGUUUCAGGCGACUGAGUCCGAGCAUGAGGAACAGGCUGAGCUUCCAGUAUCCAAAAAGCCUGCUAUGUCUAUUACUAUGUCAAAGAAUUUACCUCGGAAAAGGCCUGCUUGUCAUUCAGAUUCUGAAGCUCCCUCGGACGCCCAGAAACGGCCGUCAGCUUUGCGGAAGCCGGCUGCUGACCCUUCAGUGAGCCCAGCAGCAAAGUCUGGUCCAGAGGACCCAGCACAGGAUAGUGGACUGACAGCUCCAAUGAAAAAGCCUGCCGCCAGCAAGGCGAAAAGGCUUCAGUUUGACACCAAUGACUGGGUUUGGGAGGAUGUGGAACCUGGGCCAGAUGGCCUACCCCGUCGGGUUGGCACCAAUGGUGAUUGGAAGGUGCGGGAAUUCAUUCGUGGCACCGGCACCACCUUGGAGGGCCAACCUUGGCGCCUUUUUGAUCAUGGCAGCAAGACGUACAAAUCCUAUUCCGCUGCGAUCAAUGCUGGCUUCCGGCCAGAUGUUGACUAG